AGCGGUACAUGCAAAUCAGCAUCGCACCAGCUCUUCAAGGAUAGAGCAAAGAACCGCGUGGAUGAUCUACAGGGCAUGUUCAGUGAUCUCCAAUCAGCCAGGAAGGAGAGCCGCACGAUCGAUGUGGCUGUGCUUGAGGAGCAAGUUCAUCAGAUGCUCCGCGAAUGGAAGGCUGAGCUCAAUGAGCCCUCCCCAGCUUCUUCAUUGCAGCAGGGAGGGAGCCUGGGCUUUUCAUCCGAGAUUUGUAGGCUACUGCAGCUCUGUGAGGAGGAAGAUGAUGCAACUAGUGCAUUAGCUGCGCCAAAGCCAGAUCCUGACGCGCAAAAGGUUAUGGAUGGAUCUAUCUCUCAAGAGGGUUUUAAUGUAUCCAACGUUCCGCAAGAACAAGGCUUCCAGUUGGUUGAUCAGUGCAAAAGCGUUGGUAUGGGAGUUAACAAUAUGGGAAUGCCUAAUAUGAAUUUGGCAACACAAUUAGAUUAUCAUUCAUUUGAUUUUCAUCAAGAGUUUGAUCAGCAGUAUUUCUCUGGGUUUGAUGGUACUGGUUAUGUUGGGGAGGAUGGUAUAACACAGAUUUCUGGCUAUCAACAGAAUAUCUGCCCUCCACCUUCUGCGUUUUUAGGGCCAAAAUGUGCCCUCUGGGAUUGCCCCAGACCAGCACUAGGGUUAGACUGGUGCCAAAAAUCUGAUGACUAUUGCAGUAUUUAUCAUGCUGGGCUUGCACCCAGUGAAGGCUAUCCUGGUAGGCCUCCAGUUGUACGACCUGGAGGCAUAGGCUUAAAGGAUAAUUUACUUUUUGCUGCUCUUGGCGCAAAGGCGCAAGGGAAAGAUGUUGGUAUUCCUGAGUGCGAGGGUGCUGCUACUGCAAAAUCUCCUUGGAAUGCACCUGAGCUCUUUGAUCUUGCUGUAUUGGAAGGUGAAACAAUAAGGGAGUGGCUAUUUUUUGACAAGCCUCGUAGAGCUUUUGAGAGUGGAAACAGGAAGCAGCGUUCCCUUCCAGAUUACAAUGGAAGGGGCUGGCAUGAGUCAAGGAAACAGGUGAUGAAUGAAUUUGGAGGUUUGAAGAGAUCCUACUACAUGGACCCUCAGCCAAUGGAAAAUUUUGAAUGGCACCUUUACGAAUAUGAAAUCAACAAAUAUGAUGCCUGUGCAUUAUAUAGGCUGGAAGUCAAGCGUGUUGAUGGGAAGAAAACUCCCAAAGGGAAAGUAGGCAAUGAUUCUGUAGCUGAUCUGCAAAAGCAAAUGGGUAGGCUGACUGCUGAGUUCCCAAACGAGAAGCAGCGCACUAUUAGAGGAAGGGGAAAAACCAAUUUGAAGGACGGAACUGGAAACAUUUAUUCUGCUUCUAAUGCAUUGGGGAGUCCAGCUGAAGGGUUCGAUUAUGCAAGAGGUGCACCAUAUGAUUAUCUUGUGGAUGAUAUCAGUGCAUACUACUUAACGUGACCUAGUGACUUGGCAUGAAUCUGGAAAUAAAUGACGCUUUGUCUUUGUGGCAUAUAUCAUUCCGUCAUCCAUUUCACUCGGCCUCCAGGCAAGUAGUGAAGUUUUAAAGUUUUUAUUUACUUCCUGUCAUGGCUGAUCCGGGAUCUCAUAUCCUAGAUACGAUUGGUAUGGUUGUCAAUAGGUCCAGUCCAGCUAAGUACAGUGCAUAGCUGAUUAAUACCAGAUUGGAGCAUAUUUAACUGCUAGACAGCGGUGAAAAAUGCUGAAAUUGGGUGUUCUGACUUGGUUCAACUCAUUAACCUUUUCGAUAUUGUGAAUAGUAGUACAUGUGAAAUGCACUUCUGGUGCAACUUGUUGGGAGAAAUUGUUCAAGCCUGACAUGUAAUUAUCUCACCGAUUUUGUAGAAUGCAUGUUCUACAUAUCCUCUAGGUGUGGCCUGUUAAGAUGUUUUGCAAUGCAUUUCCCUUUGGGGUUGGGAUCUA